GAAGCUGCAGCGGCGGGCGGCAGGUUGAUCCGCUCAGUCCGCUCCGCCGCGCGCUCCCCCCCCGCUCCAACGGACCUAACGGCUCCCAACAUGAACCGGGAUGGGACUUUUCCCACAAACUUUCACCCACUAGCGGACUGCCGGCGUUGUUGGACGGCGGCCCGCUCUCUUUCUUUUUGCACAUACACAAAAAAAACAACCUUUUCAUCAUACCGGAGAAGUUCCACGUAAACUAUUGUUUUGUUUUCCCCUCUUUUCCUGUGAAGGAAUGUUAACUCACUGAGGAAACGGUUCGGCUAACGGUCUGUUAAACGGUAGCUGGAGGCUGGAAGGGGGUUCUUCUCUGCUUUUUUUUUUUUUUUUUUUGACCAAUUCUACUGGAAAAAUCUGUUUUGUGGACUAUCCUUUGGUUCUGAACUCCUCUCUUCCCAAAGAGCUCUCCUCCGCCGGCGUUAGCUAGCCGGCAGCGGUGCGGUGCGGAGCGGAGCGGAGCGCCGGGAGAAUGCCCUCCCCUGCUCACACCGACACUCCCGGGGAUUCUGCGGUUCUGUAGCGGCUGAGGACAAACAAUGAUUUCGGAGGAGAGAAGCAGUCACGUAAAUAAACAAACCCUCAACUUUCCCGUGGGUUUGCUCAUCCGCUCUCCCAAGAGGCGCCUGGCCAAACUCGGGAGGAAACCCAGCAAUGGAUCCCUUCAGUCCAACAAGUCGGACAGCACCGUCCGCUCCGCAGAGAGCGCUUGUGUCCGGCAGCCGGCCAAGAGCAAAAUCAGGCGCCACAACAACAGACUCUCCACCGUCUUCAACUACAGCCCCAACCUCCGGGACGGCGGCCGGCGCGGCCAGACGAGGGGCGGCGGGAGUCUCAGCGAAGACCUCCGGGCGGCGGACGACCCCGCCGAGCUGUCCAGCCAGUCGUCGGUGCCCGGCGUCCUGAAGAUCUUCGGCAGCGACAUCUGCCACGGGACGCACUACAAGAGCGUGCUGGCCACCACUCAGUCCAGCGCCAAGGAGCUGGUGAGGGAGGCCUUGGAGAGGUACUGUCUGGAGAAAGAAGACGCCAAUGACUAUGUGCUGUGUGAUGUGAUUGGUCAGACGGGCGCGGACAGCCAGUGGAGGAGGGAGUGCUUCAGAGUGGUGGGGGACAACGAGAGGCCCCUCAUGCUGCAGUCCCUGUGGAAGCCCAAGGAGGGCUUCUUCAGAAGAUUUGAGAUCCAGCUGCGCUCCGCUGUUGAGCAGCAGAGUUUGAAGGAAAGAGACACGAUCACAGCAGGGGUCAACGCUCAGGCCCGUAAGCUGCAGAAGAACCGGUCCAGAGUGGCCUCCCUGUUCGUGGACGGCAGCGGGGACGACGCCGAUGGACUCGGCUUCUGGAGGAGCCUGAGCGAGAUGGACCUGUCUGCAAUGGGGAAGGAGGCCAGCCGGGCCCAACGGAGCGCGCUCAGAGAGGACCCGGAGGCCGAGGCCGACAAGGAGGUGCUGCGACUCGGCAUGGAGAAGGAAGAGACGGAGAGCAGCGACGACAACACCACCCAGUACUCCAUCCACCCGCCCUUUGACUUCCCUUACUUCCUCCUGCUGCAAGGCUAUAAUCACAGACAGGAUUUUGUCAUCUACCUGAUGAGUGGGACCAGCACCAUCUUUGGAUGCUGCAGGGAGCACAGCAAUGGAGAGGAUGAGGAGAGGCUGAAGGUGGACAUCCUCCUGUUCGCUCCGGAUGUGUUGCCGCAGCACUGCUGCGUCAGACGCAUUGACUCUAGCAACCAGACGUCCUCAGCAAAGCACAAAAAGACUCUGACGAUGCUGAAGCCCCUCCAUGGCGCUCCCGUCACCAGGAAUGGUUUCCUUCUCAACGAGGAAGUAGAGCUGAAUCCUGGAGAUUUGGUCGGUUUGGGGAAAAACUACCUGUUUAUGUUUAAGGAUCCUACCAGUGUGUCGGGAUCGUCUCACACGCCGCUGUGGAUGACCAGACUCUGCCCAAGCUCGGACUCUAAGACCUGCUCAUCGUGUGGCUCCUCUGUGACCCUGAAAAAGGCCCCAAAGAAGCCGUUAGCUCUUUGCUGGAGAGACCUGGAAGGCACAGAGGCGUCGCUGAGCUACGAGCUGGAGCAGGAGGAAAGAGUCCUGCAGGAGAUCGUGGACAUGGUGAAUCCAGGUGAGAAUGACCCAAAGCUGACUCCUGCCUUCCUGAUGAUCCUCUGCAUCCAGCGCUCCGCCUUCACUUUCCAGCUAACGCACUUCAGGCAGCUGCUGCUCAGGAUCGCCAGUCAGAUCCAGCUCAUGGCUUGGGAAAAAACGAAGGAACUGGCUGCCAUCCAACCGGAAACGAGCUCCGGUGACGGACAGCCUGAUCAGCUCCAGCUGCUCAGCAUGGAGCAGCUGAUCCCAGGUCUGCAGCCGCUGGUGCUGUGGAUGGCCAACUCCAUCGAACUGCUGCACUUCAUCCAGCACGAGGUUCCUCAGCUGCUCCCCUGGAGACAGGACAGCCUGCAUGGAGAUCUACUGGAGUCAGAGAUGUCGUCCACCCGGACAGCCUGCGAGGAGGCCAUGACGGUCCUGGAGGAGGUCAUCAUGUUUACCUUCCAGCAGUCAGUCUACUAUCUAACAAAGAGCAUGUACUCAGCCCUGAACGCUCUGCUGGACGGGAACCCGUUCACAGAGGCCGGCCAGCUGCGCGUGCCCGACAGCCUCAGCAGCAUCCUGGAGGUUCUCAAGGAGGCCCUGAAGCUCCUCACCGCCUUCCAGGUGCAUCCGGACAUCUCGCUGCAGCUCUGCGCCUACCUCUUCUUCUUCAUCAACGCGUCGCUCUUCAACAGCCUCAUGGAGAGAGGGUCUGUGGCCGGAUUCUACCAGUGGUCCCGCGGCGUGCAGAUCCGGGCCAACCUGGACCUGCUCAUGGACUGGGUCCAGAACAUCGGUCUGGGCGACAUAGCCGGUGAAUUCCUCCAGAAGCUCUCUGCUGCUGUCAAUCUGCUGGCCACGCCCAAAGAAACCCUCCUGCAGGCCUCCUGGGCGUCCCUCAGGACGGAGUUUGCUGCUCUGAAGCCGGCGCAGCUCCACCACAUGCUGAGGGAGUACGGCGGCGGGAAGCCGUGUCUGAGCGGCUGGAGUCCGUCAGAAGAUGAAGCCGAGGAUGCAGCCCGGACCGCAGACAUCCUGGAGAGCUUUGAUAACCACCCGCCUCUCAUCCUGCCCAGCAGCACCUUUCACCUGGAGCUCGGUAAACCCAUCAUGGAGCCGGCUCUCUUUGAACAGCUCUCUCGUCUGCAGGACUUUAUCGGCAGGCUGCCUCACAAUGAAGCCCAGACCGCUUCCAGGGGUGAGAGCCCUUCAGUGACCUCAGCAGCCCACCAGCUGCUUCCUGAGGUUUCUCCUCACCCCGGUCCAGAAGCAGGUCAGACCCGCGGAUCUCACGGUGACCUGAGCAGCUGUGAAGCGGUUCUGACCCAAAAGCUGAAGAGCCUGCAGCUGCAGAACUCCCUCUCUGGCCAGGCGGACACCAGCUACCACAAGAGCCUGGCUCUGGACCCGUCCUGCCUCCUCACUCCGCCCAACACGCCGCAGGGCACGGAGCUGGCCGAGGUGGAGGCCGACCUGCGGGAGGGCGCCCGCCGGCUAACCACAGGCGGUGGGAGCGCUGAGGCUGAGGCAGGAAACGUGGAAGAAGACAGAGAGGAAGUGUUCACAGUGGAGAUCUGCAGAGGCCCCCACGGUCUGGGACUGGCUCUAGUCGACGGAACGAAGACUCCCCUGAGGAUGAGCGGCAUCUACGUGAAGUCGGUGGUUCCCGACUCUCCGGCCGCUCGCUGCCAGAAGCUGCGAACGGGCGAUCGGAUCCUGGCUGUGAACGGCGCCAGCCUGGUAGGGAUGGAGUAUAACGUCGGCAGAGAGCUGAUCCGCUCAUCCGGAGACACUCUAAGGCUGCUGGUCGCAAAGAUGGACACGAAGCCAAGCAGCAAGACUUCAGCUACAAACUAAUCAUCUGCUGGAUGACUAAAGUGCAAUUUAAAUAAAAUACUAGAGGGUGGCAGUUUCUUCUGCAGCAUCUAGAGUCAGUAUUUCAGUAUUUCUCACUGGAAGGAUCCCAAAGCCAAAGGAAACAAGCUUCCUGCUCCUCAUCUCCUACUGGGCCUGGGACGGCGUGUAAAGAUGGCUGAGACCCGCCAAAGCCACCAGGAUGUCACAACCUGAGGAUCACCGCGCUGCUUCACAUUCACUCAUUACUGGCUUUAACUGGAAAUGGAGACAUUCACUUUGCUUUAAAAACGUGAAAGUACAUUUUACCAAAAGAAGAAGCAGUUGGAUCAUUUAGUUUAAACAAUCAUCUGUUGUUGAAGGUGUGAAUUUUGUCAGAAAUGUGUAAAUCUAGCUGCUUCUGGUCGUUUUCAUGAAACGCUUCAGAGGUUUCAGAAUGUAAAAUGAUCAAAUAUUGCAGGAAAUCCUUUUUUUUUCCUGCAGCUUUCAUGUUUUUCUGAUGUCUGCAUUGAUUCAGCGGCGCUGCGCUUCUGUAACGCUCCACACUGAAGAAGUCUAAACCAAAGCUGAGUUUUUAUAACUUUAUUUUAACACCAAACCAACCUGGAGGCUGUUGCUGCUGAUCGUCCCUCUCAGUGGAUCUCAGACUUAAAUUUACACUUUUUAUCAAGUUCAGGGUUUGAUGCCUUUCUCCAAAGUCUUUGCUAAUGUGCAGCCGUUCUACUCUGCGUUCAUUGGGAGCUUAUUACGUCUUUAAUGGUUUUGUAAAACAAUCGUAAUGACCUUGAAGAACAAAGUGAGGUAAAAAAAAAAAAUCUAAAUAUUUAGUUUGGUUUCUGAUCAGCCAAAUAAAAGUCAUGCUCUUCACAUUUA